AUGUUGAGCCGCGAGACUGUUGCCGGGGUUGCCUGCAGCUUCCUCGUGACGUACUACCGCGAGCUUGUAAAGGAGAAGGAGAUCGUCGGCCUCGUCGAGCUAUACGGGGAGUCCUCGCUCGUCACCUACGCCGGGUACAAUGAAGAGACCACCGUGAUUGCGCAGGGUCGGCAUGAGAUUGCGCAGCACCUCGGCAAGAUGGACGACGUGCUUGGCCGCCGCAAGGUGGAGGUGCGCUUUGCCGACUACACCCCGCUGCCGGGUGGAUGCAUCCACAUUGUCUGCCAGGGCAUCAUGUACCUCCGCGGCCACCGCAGAGGCUUCUUCCAGGUGUUUGUGUUGGCCCCGACCCAGUACCGUACCAGCACGUACCACAUCGCCAUGGACUACUUCCGCGUGAUGAUGGUGGAGGUGGAGCAGAUACCGGAGGACCGUAUCGUCAUGACCCCGGCGCAGGUCGCACAACACCUGCUGGAGGAGCACGAGCGCCGCAAACGCGCGGAGGAGGCCCGUGAGCAGAUGCGUCUACAGCAGGCGGCGGCGGAAGCAGCGGCAGCGGCGGCGGCGGCGGCUGAGACCCUUCGGCUGCAGCAGGCACGUGAGGAAAAGGGGCUUCGUCGUGAACGCGGCGACCGCCUUAACAGCAACAACAGCAAUAGCGGCUACGUUGGCGGCGCUAGCAACCGCAGGGAUCGCCCGGAGCGGAGUGAUGACCGGAGGGGCGAGCGCACGGACAUGCGGCGCCUCAACCGUAAUGAAGGGAACAGCAACAAAAACCCCCGGGCCGAGCGUGCAGAGCGCACCAACAGCAGGUACGACGACCGCAGCAAACAAAACGGGGAACGCCGUGACGGUGGGCGGGGGGAAGGAAGCGAAAAAUUGAAGCCGCGUGAGGAAAAGAGCGCGGCGGAGGAACUCUCCGCGCCACGACCCACACGCGCCUCGCGCGUUCGCGAGCAGCCCAACGCGGAGGCUGUUAAACCCGAAAACAGCGGCGGCAAACCUAACCUAAACAUGCCCGUUCCACGCUCAAGGGCGGCUCUGGAGAAGCGUGCCGACAGCAAGGCAGAGGGGGCGAAAAGCGACACAUACAAUAACGCCAACAAGAAGGAGGCCGCCGAAGCACAGCGAGGACCCGCAGCGUCGGCAACAGAGGAGACAGCGAAACCAAAAUCAGCAGUUGCCACGGAAGCAGCGGCUGCAGGUGAGGCGAGGGAUCCGGCACGGGCGCGCCCUCGUCCCAGCAGGAAGGGAAACACGGAGUAUGCUCGCCUUGUGCGGGUGCCGAAGUCCGUCAAGUUGUCUGACAUCAAAGAGGCGGUGGCAGCUGCCCUCGGCACGGACCCCCUUGACGCCUACUGGUACGGCCGCAACAGCGCUGACUGCGUGCUGCAGCUGCAUUCCUCUACAGCGGUGGAGCGGCUGGUGCAGGAUUCCAUGACGGUGCUGGAGAUGAAGAUGACGGUUGCGAAGUUCUACCCGUAG